AGCACGUGUUGCUAUUUUUUAUAGUUGACUGUGUGAUGUUCAUGUGAAACUGUUACAGGGUCGAAGGCCGAUGAGCUGCAAUUUCGGAGAAAGGAUGGACAUGUUAGCGGUCGGUGUUUAGGCGCUGUCGAUUUAGUUUUUACGAGAAAAUAUACCAUAAAACAAUGUAUCAAACAAUGAAACGAACCAUCUUUAUCAAUGUACAUGUCAAGUUAAUCGACUCUUUUAAUUAUUUCAACGCUCUUAGAGGCAAGGGCGGAAGUUUCCAUAGAUACCACACACCAUCGUACUUGAAGCGUAUACAACCAAGCCACAAAACCACGGGAUUGGCAAGUGACUUCGUACGACAGUUCGUGGUAAGGGAGGAAGUGACAUGACGGAGGCUAAUGUGAAGGUUAAUGGAGCAAGAUGAAGAGCGAUUUUAUCAUACUUUACGAUCAUAUGAGACUGACGAAGAUUGAGGUUCAAUAGAAAGACACAUCAUUGUGCUCAAUGUCGACAACAGCUGCAAAUCGACGUGAACAACGAUGGAUCAAUGUUGUUGUAUUAACAUGGAUCUAAACAGUUUUUGGAGCAGUUCGUCGCGAUGAAGACAUCGACAUUCGGAAGAUUUGACCCAGUCAACUUUGUAUCUCUAUUGCUGUGGUCUUUGAUCGAAGUUUCAUCGUCUAGCAAUGCUACACAAGCUCCUCAUCUAAUAAUUCAACCAGCACAGCCAGACAAUACCUACUUUUCCUUGACGGGAUCAACCUUCUUGUUGAACUGUACCAUUAAAGGGGAGAAUGUACAUGUGUUUGAUUUAUCAUGGUGGCACAAUGGAGAACAACUAUCCAGAAGUAAAACACGACAAAUUGACAAUGCCACACUGCAGCUGCAGUUAUUGAAUGCAAAAACUACUGAUAAUGGAAUUUACUGGUGUAAUCAAAUUUCUGACACGAAAUCUGGAGGAAUAAAUAUCUCACUUUCUGUGGCAGACCCACCAAGUCCACCACGUAAUUUAAAAUGGAGUGCUAUUGGUGCUAUGAAGAGGGAAUAUCGUUUGUAUUGGGAAGCUUCUAGCUAUACUGGUGGCUUACCAAUUGACUAUUCUAUCAAGCUUUGUUUAAAUGACUCAGUAAUGAAACCAGCACUGCCAUCAGCACUUACCUGCAAAUGGAUUGAUAAAUGUCAUUAUUUAAAUGCUCCCAAAAAUGAGAGACAUUUAUCAUGCAUACUGAAGGCAACUGAUGAUUUUAUUCCUGGUUGUGGAACUGGAUGUAGUUACUCCAUCUAUGUUGUUGCUACAAAUGCUGUAGGAAGUACAACCAGUGCGAUUUUCUUACCAAUUGUCCACUUAUUUGAAGCUACACCUUGGCCACCAGAAGAACUCACAGUGAAACAACUUUCAAACAGGAAUCAGGAAUAUAAAGUUUCUUGGGCAGAAAAAAGGGAUUGGCGGUACAUUGUUAUUGAGUAUACAGUACUCUACCACACAUGGGGAGACAAACACAAUAAGACUGCUGUUGUCAAAAAUAAACAGUUCACUAUACUAAUAGGAUUGAAAGCAUUUACAUAUUACUAUGUGUACUUGAAAGUCAGAUUUUUAAACGAUGACUAUCCCAACUCUGCGUACAGUGACAUCGUAGGGCCACGUAUUAUCAGGACAUCACCAGGAGUUCCAGUCAAUCCGCCUGUAGUGGUAAGGGAUCGUUCAGACAUCUUCCCUGGUAAUUCAGGCCUCAGAAAUGUAACUGUAGAAUGGAAGUUGGCAGACAUUUCUUCAUGGCGUGGUACUCCCGGUAAAUACAUGGUUUUUUGUAAGCCCCGCAACGUUGGCAAGGGACAAGCUCAAACUUUAGAGUACAGCAUAGAUGCCACUUCAAACAAGACCACUCUACCGAAACUAAACUCUCGGACCAAAUAUAACGUUUACCUGAAGAUGUGUAACAAAGAAAAAAAGUGCAGUAACACUGGUGAAUCGUACAUCAUCAAAGAAGUGCAAGAGAAAGAAACACAACCAAACUAUCAAAAGAAAUUGAGUACUAUACAGAUAGUCUUGCUGUCCAUUUCAGCGGUCAUGGUAUUCGUAGCAGUUCUAUGUGUUGUAUACUUAUUCAGGAAAUGGCGAUGUUGGGAAGCAGGAAGGCAUACACCAAACUUUCAACCUUUGGGGGAGCUUAUUCACAUUGGUCCUCCAGCUAACGAUUAUGAAUACGUCAAUUCAGACGCUAGCGCCCAGGUAGAAGGGGACUACGAUGAAAUUGAAACAGGCGGAAACUAGUUUUGGUAGUCAAUUGAAAGAGCACUUUUCAACUGAGUGUUGGGAGCAAUCUGGGAUUGCACUGGUUUUGCCCGAUUUGUCUUCAUAGCAGUUUUAAACAAAGUGUUAAAAAACCAGAACCAAAGCCAUCGCAGAAACCAAUCAGAGCAAAGGUUAACAUAAUUUUUAGUCAAUGAGAGCUCAAAGUGAAAACAAACAGAUUGUUGAAGCGCGGGAAAAAGGCUAAUGAUUAAGUCGCGAAUGUGUUUAGUUCUGUAUCUGGUUGGUUGAGAGGAUGGCGGGAGUUUUCUGGACCAAUCACAGAGCAAAGUUUUAAAAGCGUUCCAAAGUGAAACCCAAGCAGUCCGCUCAUAGGAUGCCAUCUUCCGGCAUUUCACCAAUCUUUUUAUCAUUGGAAAGAUUAUUUAGUCAUGCAACUGUCUGUAAAUGACAAUUUAACGUUAAAUUAGAAAAAGAAGAUGAUCAUUGACGCGAUAGAUUAUGCACAUUUACUAAUAAUUGAUAGAUGUACUAAUAGAAAGAAAACAGCAAGAAUUUUUAAGGAGGAAAAUUUUAAGGAGUUAUUAUUGGAAUAAUAAGAUUUCUGUGUACGUUCCUACCAAACGAAUUUAUUUAGUUCUGUGUUUUAUUGUAUUAUUUUGCUUUAUACAAGAAUUUUACGAAUGCACAGACAUUUUCCUGAUUGUUUGAGAUUUCUUUUAGUUUAUAUGGGCAUCUAAGCCUUGAACGUCUUUUAAUCUGUCACGCGUGUUUUGGAGCUGGUGCAUACGAGAGGAGGGGAAAACAUUUUUGCUGAUGCACCUCGCAAACUUUCCUCAGUAAAGGGAGGUGUUAUCCUAAUAUAGUAUCUAGUCAUCAUUAAUUUACAAGAAUAUGAAUGAGAGAAUUGUAACAUGGGGACAUAUUUGUGGACAUGGAAGGUUUAAAACGGUUCAUGCAGAACUUCAGAAUGGCUUCAAGUCUGAAUAGGAAAGAAUUGUUCAAUAAUACAUUUGAAAUUGUUUGCAUUAUUUAAGGAAACUUGUAUAUCUGUGCGUGAGAUUUGUAAAGCUGAAUACUAGGUUGUCAAAAGCACAGCUACCCACAACAAGUUCUAUUUAUUAAUGCUUAUGUGUCGUGUAAAUAUUUUAGACCAGUAGCACAUACUUUUUAUGAGUGUUAUUUAAUAUAACUUAUUUGAAUUAUGAAUUUUUGUAUUUGCAAUUUUGUACUUUCCCGAAUCGACGGUUUUCACCUAUAUUUUAUAAUAUCAGAGUGCAC